GUCCACUUUUCCUUCCAGUGGUCGCUACGUAGCGCAUUGGUUAGGUGAUAACGCGUCGACUUGGGAUGAUCUUCAAUAUUCUAUUCCAGGAAUGUUGUCAUUCCAGCUAUUUUGUAUUCCCUUAACGGGUGCAGACAUAUGCGGUUUCAAUGGUAAAUGCGACGAGAAGUUGGCUAUGAGAUGGGUCGAACUCGGGUCAUUCUAUCCGUUUUGUAGAAAUCACAAUAUGUUCGGUAUGCCUUCACAAGAGGUGUAUACUUGGGAAGCAGUGGAAAAAGUUUCUAAAAAAUAUAUUGGUUUGAGAUAUGCACUAUUACCAUACUGGUACACAGCAUUCUACAGAGCAUCGUUAAGAGGUACACCCGUUCUUCGCCCAUUGUGGGCUUCGUAUCCGGAAGAUAAAGAGACGUAUAAUAUUGAGCACCAGUUCUUGAUUCACGAUGGUAUUCUGAUUUCACCUGUUAUCGAAGCUGAUAAGGAGGAGGUUUUAGCAUACUUUCCAAGGGGAAUAUGGUAUGACAUACUUACUUUGGAGAAGUAUAUAAGCACCGAGGAGGGUGUUUGGAAGACGGUGUCAGCGCCGUUUGACACGAUACCGGUGCAUAUUCGUGGAGGAGCCACUAUUCCAAUGAAUUUAAAGUAUGGAGCAACUACGGUAGAGACGCGUUUGAAUGGUCUCAUGCUUGUUGUUGUACUCGACGACAAGUUUGAAUCUUUUGGCGAGCUAUAUCUCGAUGACGGUGAAACGCCUACCGAAGACAUUUCUAGGACAUAUUCAUUUAUCACUUUUAAAACCAGGAACAAUAAGUUGAUUGGUAAUG